AUGCAUAGAACAUAUUCUUUAAGAUCUCAAAAGGCUCCAACUGCAGCUCAAUUACAAUCUCCACCACCUCCACCAUCUUCUACCAAAUCUAAAUUCUUUGGUUCAAGUGGGUUGUCUUCUUCUAUCAGAAAAGCAACUGCUGGUGCCACUGGUCCAGAAUUGUCUCGUAAAUUGUCUCAAUUCAUCAAGAUGGAAAAGAAUUUUAUGAGAGCUGUUGAAGUCACCUCAAGAGAAAGAAAAGAUGUUGCUAGACAAUUGAGUGCCUGGGGUGAAGGUAAUGAAGAUGAUAUUUCUGAUGUCACUGAUAAAUUGGGUGUCUUGAUUUAUGAAAUUGGUGAAUUGGAAGAUCAAUACAUUGACAAAUAUGAUCAAUACAGAAUCACCUUGAAAUCAAUCAGAGAUAUCGAAAGUUCUGUUCAACCAAGUAGAAACAGAAAACAAAAAAUUACUGAUGAAAUUGCUCUUUUGAAAUAUAAAGACCCACAAUCUGCUAAGAUUCCUGUUUUAGAACAAGAAUUGGUCAGAGCCGAAGCUGAAUCUUUGGUUGCUGAAGCUCAAUUGAGUAACAUUACCAGAGAACAAUUGAAGGCUGCUUUCAACUAUCAAUUUGAUGCUACCAGAGAAUUAGCUGAAAAAUACGCUUUAAUUGCUGGUUAUGGUAAAGCUUUAUUGGAAUUGUUGGAUGAUUCUGCUGUUACUCCAGGUGAAACUAGACCAGCUUAUGAUGGUUACGAAGCUUCUAAACAAAUUAUCAUUGAUGCUGAAAAUGCUUUGGCUUCUUGGACCUUGGAUUCUGCUGCUGUUAAACCAACUUUAUCUUUACACCAAGAAUACGAUGAAGAUGAAGAAGAACCAGCUGAAAUCGACGAUGCUGCUCAAGAAGAAUUUAAUAAACACGAUGAACAACCAGCUAAUGGUGAACAACAAUAA